UGUCACGUAAAUCUCAUCAUCUUGACUUACGGUUAAACGUGGAGUCUGUGGUGCUACGUUUUUUGGUCUUACAGCGAUUACUACGCUACUAGGAAAUGGAAAUAGUUUGCAUACGAAAUGUAUUGACAAGAGCGGUCACUUCACGAAAUCGUUUUGCACUACUGAUGCGGAACACGAGGCCUACCACAGGAGGUGCAGCACAAGCAUCACUUUCAUUAGAAAAAUCAGCUUCAGAAUCUUCAGAAGGCAAAAAAGCAACUGCAGCAACUGCAAAAGCCGAAAAAUCUGAGGAUGCUGAACGGAUGCAUACAAUCCCAGAAAAGAAGCAAAAGGCAGAAACACAAGCUCCUUCUAUGAAUAAAGGAAUGGAGUUACCUGCCAAUUCAACCACUGAUCAAAAAGCUGCCCAACUACCGUUGGAACCGGGGAAGGCAUCUCCGCUUCCACCUAGUGACGGCGAAAAGGUGGUGUCGGAACGGAUCCUUCGGUUGGCAAACGAGAUAGUCAGUUUAACGAUUUUCGAAGUGGCAGAUCUGAAUAGCACGUUGAAAAAGAAACUGAACUUGCCAGACACUCCUGUCUUUGCUCAGUCCUUUGCUGUCUCAGGGGCUACCUCUGCUGCAGAAGGAGACGAAGCGAAGUUGGAGAAACCACAAGCAUCACAAAAGACAUUUUUCUCGGUGAAAUUAACGAAAGUGGAUGAUUCAAAGAAGAUUCCAUUAAUCAAAGAAAUCCGCGCAACAGUGGAAGGUUUUAAUUUGGUGCAGGCGAAGAAAUUUGUGGAAGCGUUACCUGCUACGGUGAAGGAAGAUCUGAGUAAAAACGAAGCUGAAGAACUAAAAACAAAACUUGAAAAAUUAGGUGCUGUCUGUGAAAUUGUCUAAACUUUUCUGUUGCCUUACUUUUGUCGAAGUGCGACACAUUAGUAUUUAGUGAGGGGAGAAUUUUGUGUUGUAGAAUUUCCUCAGGCUUUGAAUAUUUUAUUCUCGAUGUUUUCAUGGUAUAAUGCCAUAUUAAAACGUAAUCAGUCUCUUUGCUUCAAAGCUACCUGUUUGUAAUAGUCAUCUUUACUUUGCAGAGAAGUUUGAAAAAAAACAUAAUCAAAAAAUAAUUG